AUGUCUUAUGAUAUUGAUGUACCUUCCACAUUAGUACUGGGUGGCCUGAGAGUUCGAAUAGAAUAUACGGCCGUACUACAUAUCUACAAGAUCAUGACGCCCACUUCGACUCUGUCACCCGCAACUGAUGCCACAUACCAUGGAACUCGUUUGGUAAUCUUCACAGCAAUAUGGAUUCCCGUCCUUGUAAUCUGUGUUGCGCUGCGGUACUUUGCACGCUGGAUGAUCAGAGGGCCUUGGGGAAUAGAUGAUAUUCUCGUCUUUACGUCUUUAUUUCUCCAAUUAGGCCAAGCCGGUAUAAGUAUUGCUUCGGUCAAGAACGCCGGUGUUGGUUAUCACGUCUCAUAUCUAGAAUCAACAGAUCCCGCAUUAGUACAAACAUGGGGCAAGUAUCUUGUCGCCAUCGCGACAGUAUACUUUGGCGGCGUCAACAUCCCAAAGCUUGCCAUUCUGGCACUCUAUAAACGAUUGUUUCCCACGAAAGGAAUUCUUCUGGUUAUUCAUAUCCUCAUGGCAGCGCUGAUAGCAUUGACCAUCUCAACCAUCAUCACGAACCUCGCAGCAUGCAGACCCUUUUCCGCAAAUUGGGACUCCACUAUAAAAGCUACGUGUAUCAACAAGGAGGCAUUUUUUAUAUGGGGUAGCAUCCCAAAUAUCAUCACCGAUAUCAUCAUUUUGAUCCUUCCCAUGCGUGUUGUAUGGAAUCUCCAUGCAAAUCGGCGCAUGAAGAUUGGAUUGACCAUUACAUUUGCAGUGGGUAGUUUCGGUCUCAUAACAUCCAUCAUCCGCUUCACCACCUUCUUCCGCAACAAUUCCUUCAUCGACGGCACCUGGUCCGCCGUAGACCUCAUCAUCUGGACCCAAGUCGAAGCAGGCGUCUAUCUCAUCUCCUGCUGUCUCCCCACCUGGCGCCCCAUCCUCGAACGCAUCGGCCAGAAGAAUUUCCUCCGCAAACUCAUCAGUCGCGUCACAGCCACCGUUGCCAAACCCCCCACGAACGUAACCAGCGAGGGUAGCUCAAAUAUUCAACUCCAAUCGAAUCUUAGCAAACGCGGUAAGGGGUUUCAUCGCUUGGAAUCUGGUGGGGGGGAUAAUUCUGCACAGAAUAUUUUGGUUACGAAGGAUGUUACUGUGGUGGAGGGAAAACCGGGGUUGGAUGAUCUAGAUGGUUAUAGGGAGGCUUCUAGGAAGGAAAAUUUUGAUUGGGGGGAUCCGGAACGUCAUGUUUAG